CAACCCUUCAACGAAAGCCAUUUCACGUCCUGGUUACACUGGUGAAUCUGUUAAUUCGACCAUUCGUGGGCAAAAUAUUCUCUAGAGCGUCAACAGCCGUGUGAAGAUCCAGCGCCUCGGAUAUUCCUGCAGGCACCAUGGCCAGCGGGCCGCACCUUUCUGAGGACCAGAGCCGUCUGCUCGAAGAGGCCUUGGCGGUCGUUCGGCAGCAGUCGUUAAUGAUGCGAAGAUGCCUGGAAACCCCUGGGAAGCUAAUGGACGCACUGAAAUGCGCUUCUACCCUGAUUUCAGAACUUCGCACGCCCAGCCUACCUCCGAAACAAUAUUAUGAACUGUACAUGGCCGUAUUCGAUGCCCUGCGCCAUUUAUCCGACUAUCUUCGGGAGAGCCAUCCUGUAAACCAUUUGGCCGACUUGUACGAACUUGUUCAAUAUGCUGGCAACAUCAUCCCGCGCCUAUAUCUUAUGAUCACUGUUGGCACUGUAUAUAUGGCUAUCUCAGAUGCCCCCGUGAAAGAGAUCAUGAAGGAUAUGAUGGAAAUGAGCAGAGGGGUACAACAUCCGGUGCGUGGUUUGUUUUUGAGAUACUAUCUAUCUGGGCAAGCAAGGGAUCAUUUGCCGACCGACACGGGAGAGGGGCCUCAAGGCAACCUGCAAGAUUCGAUCAAUUUCAUCUUGACGAACUUUGUGGAAAUGAACAAGUUGUGGGUUCGACUGCAGCACCAAGGACAUUCGCGGGAACGAGAGCAGAGAACCCAGGAGAGACGGGAACUUGAGGUUUUGGUUGGAAGUAACUUGGUUCGCCUCAGCCAAUUGGUCGACCUGGAGACGUAUAGAUCGGUGAUACUACAACCUCUUCUGGAACAGGUGGUGCAAUGCAGAGAUGUGCUCGCUCAGGAGUAUCUCUUGGAAGUGAUUACCAAGGCCUUCCCCGAUGAAUACCAUCUACACACCCUCGAUAUGUUGCUUACAGCAAUCUCAAAGCUUAACCCCCACGUUGACAUGAAAAAGAUCGUUAUCGGCUUAAUGGAUAGAUUAUCGUCUUAUGCGAGUCGCGAUUCUGAUAGUAAGGACACCAUUGAGGCCAAGAGGGAAGCAGAAGAAGAUGCAACCCGAAAAUUACUGGAGCGCGUGAAAAUAUCCGAAGAGCCCGGACCUACCGAAGCACCCGAGACCAAACAGAAUGGUACUGCUGAACCAGCGAAAGAAAGUAAGAAGGAAAAAAGUGAACAGGAAUCUCUACCAGGGGUUUCUGUUGAAGCUCCCAAGGAGGAUACGGGCGCGGAGUCCAAAUCGGCGUUACCGGGUGAUAUCAAACUGUAUGAAGUUUUCUAUGAUCAGGUCGUGAACUUGGUAAAAACUCGGGGGUUACCCAUUCAAGAUACUAUUGCGCUCCUAGUUUCUCUGGCCAACCUUGCGCUGAAUAUAUAUCCAAAUAAACUAGAAUAUGUUGAUCAAAUUCUCGAAUUUGCGACCCAAAAGACCUUAGAACAUGCCGAUAGCGCAGACCUGCACUCUGCGCCAGCCCAAUCUAGCCUUCUUAAUCUCCUCUUAGCUCCUAUUCAUUCUUACGCUUCCAUUUUCACGGCACUAUCUCUUCCAAACUAUAUCCCUCUAUAUGCUGCGCAAUCAUAUCCAACCCGGCGUGCCGUCGCUGGGGAUAUUUCUCGCAAUAUUUUGAGAAGUAAAACCCUGAUAUCCACGACGGAAAGCCUUGACAAUGUGCUCCGAGUUCUCAAGGUUCUAAUAAAAGAAGGAAUGCAACAGCCGCUUGGCUACCCGGGCAUGUCGACACAACGACGUGGUGAAACGGACGAGACGCUCGAGGAGCAGGGAUGGUUAGCGCGAAUAGUCCACUUCAUUCAGGGUUCAAACAAUGAUAUCCAAUUCAAACUUUUACAAGCUACGAGGACAGCCUACUUAGAAGGAAACGAGAGAAUCCGCUAUACUACUCCCGCAAUUAUCACUGCCUCGCUCAAAUUGGCCCGGCAUUUAAAGAAGCGGGAGCAUUUUGAAGAUAACUUCCAAUCACAAUCCACAGCGCUAUUUAGGUUCAUGCACCAAUGUGUAAGCACCUUAUAUCAACGGGUAAAUUCGGGUUGUGCAGAAUUAUCGUUGCGACUUUUCGUUCUCUGCGGUCAAGUAGCCGAUGAGGUCGGAUUUGAAGAAUUUAGCUACGAAUUCUUCGCGCAGGCAUUUACAGUAUACGAGGAUUCUAUCAGCGAUUCAAGAGCACAGUUCCAAGCUGUGUGUAUUCUUGUUAGCGCGUUGUAUGGAACGAGGAACUUUUCAAGAGAAAACUAUGACACUCUUAUUACUAAGGCCGCUUUGCAUGGAAGUAAGCUUCUGAAGAAGCCAGAUCAAUGUCGAGCAGUUUAUCUGGCAAGCCAUCUGUGGUGGGUUAUGGAUAGUCCACAGCCAGAAGGCGAAGAGCCCAAGGUCGUCUAUCGCGACGGCAAAAGAGUCCUCGAAUGCCUUCAACGCGCUCUCCGCGUUGCCGAUGCAUGCAUGGACACCGCCGUCUCCGUUGAACUCUUCAUAGAGAUCCUUAACCGCUACGUCUACUAUUUUGACCAGCAAAACGAAAGCGUCACCAUUAAGUACCUCAACGGGCUCAUCGAGCUCAUCCAGUCUAAUCUCCAGAGCAACCAGGUUGAUGGGUCCAUCAACUCCAGCCUUGAAAACCCAAAGCGGCAUUUCCAACGAACACUUGAGUAUAUUAAAUCGAGGGAGUACGAAGGAGUGGUCACGGAGCCGUCGGUGUGAUGUAAACAGAACUCUGUGUGGCUAAUGACUUGAUGUAUGUUUAGCUUAUGAAUGGAUCUUAUAUGUAUGCAAUGCAGCUUUGACUGCCGGCUUUGUAUACCUGAAUUUCUAUGGGUGGCUUUUUUGGGUGCUUUCCCCCCUUUUCCCUCCAUGGAGUAUGAAUUAGCUUAGUAUUUAAUACAUGUGAUACCUUCCGGACUGUGA